CUCCGAGCGCUGCGCCGCGGCAGCAGCCUCCGCCCCCCGCACGGUGUGCACGCCCGCGGCCCCGGCUGCCCGAGUCCCCAGCGAGUCCCCAGCGAGCCUGCCCCGGCGGCCGCCGCCUCCCAGCCCGGACGACAGGCCACCUCCGGAGUCGCCGCCACCACGCACAGCCGCCCGGCUCCGUCUCGGACUAAUUGCGGAGAGCGGGAGCGAGCGCCUGGGGGCAGCGAUGCGACCCUCGGGGACUGUGGGAGCCGUGCUCCUGCUGCUGCUGGCUGCGCACUUCCCAGGGAGCCCGGCGCUGGAGGAAAAGAGAGUUUGUCAAGGUACAAAUAACAAGCUUACCCAGCUGGGCACUUAUGAAGACCACUUCCUGAGCCUCCAAAGGAUGCUUAAUAACUGCGAGGUGGUCCUCGGGAACUUGGAAAUUACUUACAUGCAAAGGAAUUAUGACCUUUCCUUCUUAAAGACCAUCCAGGAGGUUGCCGGCUACGUCCUCAUUGCCCUCAACGUAGUGGAGAGGAUUCCUUUGGAAAACCUACAGAUCAUCCGAGGAAAUGUGCUCUUUGAAAACACCCAUGCCUUAUCAGUCUUAUCCAACUACGGUGCAAACAAAACAGGACUGAGGGAGCUGCCCAUGAGAAACUUACAGGAAAUCCUGCAAGGCGCCGUGCGAUUCAAUAAUAAUCCUGUCCUCUGCAACAUGGACACCAUCCAGUGGUCGGACAUUGUCGACAGCAGUUUUCUGAGCAAUAUGUCGAUGGACUUUCAGAACCAACUGGACAGCUGCCAAAAGUGUGACCCAAGUUGUCCCAAUGGAAGCUGCUGGGGAGCGGGAAAGGAAAACUGUCAGAAACUGACCAAACUCAUCUGCGCCCAGCAGUGUUCAGGACGCUGUCGUGGCAAGUCCCCCAGCGACUGCUGCCACAACCAGUGUGCAGCCGGCUGCACGGGGCCCCGGGAGAGCGACUGCCUGGUCUGCCGCAGGUUCCGAGAUGAAGCCACCUGCAAGGACACUUGCCCACCACUCAUGCUCUACAACCCCACCACCUACCAGAUGGACGUCAACUCAGAGGGAAAAUACAGCUUUGGCGCCACCUGUGUGAAGAAAUGCCCCCGGAACUAUGUGGUGACAGACCACGGGUCGUGCGUCCGUGCCUGCAGCUCUGACAGCUACGAGGUGGAGGAAGAUGGGGUCCGCAAAUGUAAAAAGUGCGAAGGGCCCUGUCGCAAAGUUUGCAACGGAAUAGGAAUUGGUGAAUUUAAGGACACACUUUCCAUAAACGCUACAAAUAUCAAGCACUUCAAAAAUUGCACUGCCAUCAGUGGGGAUCUCCACAUCCUCCCGGUGGCGUUUAAGGGUGACUCCUUCACACAUACUCCACCCCUAGAUCCGAAGGAACUGGAUAUUCUAAAAACUGUGAAGGAAAUCACAGGGUUUUUGCUGAUUCAGGCCUGGCCAGAAAACAGAACCGACCUUCACGCUUUCGAGAACCUGGAGAUUAUCCGAGGCAGGACAAAGCAACACGGUCAGUUUUCUCUUGCGGUUGUUGGCCUACACAUAACAUCCUUGGGAUUACGCUCCCUCAAGGAGAUAAGCGAUGGAGAUGUGAUCAUUUCUGGAAACCAAAAACUGUGCUACGCAGACACGAUAAACUGGAAAAAACUCUUUGGGACCUCAAGUCAGAAAACCAAGAUUGUAGGCAAUAAGAAUACAAACGAUUGCAAGGCCAUGGGCCAUGUCUGCCACCCGUUAUGCUCGUCAGAGGGCUGCUGGGGCCCAGAUCCCAAGGACUGCGUGUCCUGCCGAAACGUCAGCCGUGACAAGGAAUGUGUGGAGAAAUGCAACAUUCUGGAGGGCGAACCCAGGGAGUUUAUGGAGAAUUCCGAGUGCAUACAGUGCCAUCCGGAAUGCCUGCCCCAGACCAUGAACGUAACCUGCACGGGACACGGACCAGACAACUGUGUGAAGUGUGCCCACUACAUUGACGGACCUCACUGUGUCAAGACCUGCCCGGCUGGGAUCAUGGGAGAAAACAACACGCUGGUCUGGAAGUUUUCAGAUGCCAAUCACGUGUGUCACCUGUGCCAUCCAAACUGUACCUACGGCUGCUCUGGGCCAGGUCUUGAAGACUGCAUAGAGAAUGAGCGCACGAUCCCAUCCAUCGCCAUUGGGAUUGUAGGCGGCCUCUUCUUGGUGGUGGUGGUGGCACUCGGGGUUGGCCUCUUUCUGCGCAGGCGCCACAUUGUCCGGAAGCGCACGCUGCGCAGACUUCUGCAGGAAAGAGAGCUGGUUGAGCCCCUUACACCCAGCGGAGAAGCUCCCAACCAAGCUCUCCUGAGGAUCUUGAAGGAAACAGAAUUCAAAAAGAUCAAGGUGCUGGGCUCUGGAGCAUUCGGUACAGUGUACAAGGGACUCUGGAUCCCAGAGGGCGAGAAGGUUAAAAUACCUGUGGCCAUCAAGGAGUUAAGAGAAGCCACAUCUCCAAAAGCCAACAAGGAGAUUCUCGAUGAAGCCUAUGUGAUGGCCAGUGUGGACAACCCUCACGUGUGCCGUCUGCUCGGCAUCUGCCUGACAUCCACGGUCCAGCUCAUCACACAGCUCAUGCCCUUUGGAUGCCUCCUGGACUACGUCCGUGAACACAAGGACAAUAUUGGUUCCCAGUACCUGCUCAACUGGUGUGUGCAGAUCGCCAAGGGCAUGAACUACCUGGAGGACCGGCGCUUGGUGCACCGUGACCUGGCAGCCAGGAAUGUCCUGGUGAAGACGCCACAGCAUGUCAAGAUCACAGACUUUGGGUUGGCCAAGCUGCUGGGUGCCGAGGAGAAGGAAUACCAUGCGGAAGGAGGCAAGGUGCCUAUCAAGUGGAUGGCUUUGGAAUCCAUUUUACACCGAAUUUAUACCCACCAAAGUGACGUCUGGAGCUAUGGGGUCACUGUUUGGGAGCUGAUGACAUUUGGGUCCAAGCCUUACGAUGGAAUCCCGGCAAGUGAGAUCUCAACUGUCCUGGAGAAAGGAGAGCGCCUCCCACAGCCGCCUAUCUGCACCAUCGACGUCUACAUGAUCAUGGUCAAGUGCUGGAUGAUAGAUGCAGACAGUCGUCCAAAAUUCCGUGAGUUGAUCGUCGAAUUCUCCAAAAUGGCCAGAGACCCCCAGCGUUACCUUGUCAUCCAGGGGGAUGAGAGAAUGAACUUGCCCAGCCCGACAGACUCCAACUUCUAUCGCGCCCUGAUGGACGAAGACGACAUGGAGGACGUGGUGGAUGCAGACGAGUACCUCAUCCCGCAGCAGGGCUUCUUCCACAGUCCCUCCACGUCCCGGACGCCCCUUCUGAGCUCUCUGAGUGCCACCAGCAGCAAUCCCACCGUGGCCUGCAUUGACAGAAACGGGCAGAGCUGUCCCCUCAAAGAAGACAGUUUCCUGCAGCGCUACAGCUCAGAUCCCACUGGCACCUUGACUGAGGACAACAUAAAUGACACUUUCUUCCCGGCACCUGAAUACAUAAACCAGUCCGUUCCCAAAAGGCCCGCGGGCUCUGUCCAGAACCCCGUCUACCACAAUCAGCCCCUAAAUCCAGCUCCUGGCAGAGACCCUCACUACCAAAACCCGCACAGCAAUGCCGUGGGCAACCCUGAGUAUCUCAACACCAGCCAUCCUGCCCACAUCAGCAGUGGGCUCGACAGACCUGCCCCCUGGGUGCAGAACCACCAAAUCAGCCUGGACAACCCUGAUUACCAGCAGGACUUCCUCCGGAAGGAAGCCAGGUCAAAUGGCACCUUUAAAGGUCCUGCAGCUGAAAAUGCAGAGUACCUAAGGGUAGCACCACCGAGCAGUGAAUUUAUUGGGGCAUGACCAUGGCGGCAGCCCCAGCCAUAACAAUUCCAGCCUCAUCAGCCCCCAGGACCAAGCCCCAGCGGCUGCUCCAGUGCUGACAGCCAUGCCCACGUUAGCUCCUGGACCUGUGGACACGUUUGGCUGUAUUUGCUCUGAUCGGCCCACCUUUCAUCCCAGAAGUGCCCCCUACUCAGAUAUACUUUGGGAAUUGGCAAGAUCAUUCCUUUGUCUUCAGCCUGUGAGCCUUCCACAAGGGACAUCCAGAAAGAAUGUUGUCCAUUUGGGCAGAAGUCGACCUGUCAGUGAGCUAUAUUUGAAAAAAGAACUACAUCUAUAAGGAGUUUCAUUGCUUGGGGACCUUUGGGAUUUUUAAUUGUCAUUACUGGUUUUGUUUUGAAUGGGUUUUUCCAAAGAAGAAGCCUGCGCGUAUGUAGCCAUUGCUGCUUAAGUUGAUCCAGGCCCAACUGUGACCAUAAAGCAAGAGCCAUCCUCCAGCUAACCCUUGAUUCCAUUGGCUCUGCUUCAAGAUUCUUCCACCAGGUACAAGACAUUAAGCCACUUUGAACCCUCUGGGUGAGGAAGAAACAGAGGAGUAGAAUUCCUCCUCAGACUUACUUUUAUAUAAAUGUCUCCGUGAUAUUUACUCUCCAUUGGUUGACCAGUGUUUUCUAAUUAUAAGCAUUAGACUUCCUUGUUUAUUUUCCAUUCCAUUGUUUUGAAACUCAGUAUGCUUUCCCCAUCAGCAAGAAGAGACGGUACAUCAAACAAUAACCUAGAUCAGCUCAUAUUUGAUUCAUCAGUAUUCAGUCCAGUAGCCUUUGAUUAAGAUGGGAUGACAAUUCAAAAGCUCAGACGAGAACAUAUCCCCCCAGAUUUGAGUCUCUGAGGAAAUCCAUCAAGUCUUUUGGGGGCCAGGGGGCAGGCAUAUAUUGGGAGCCGGCAAAAAUGAAGCUGCCAUUAAAACUCUUUUAGCCUUCCCCCAAAAAAGAAUUGGUUUAGGCCACUCCCAGAAGAUAAUUUUCUUUCUAUUUCACUUUAAAAGUUUUUGACUGGAAGGGUACUUUGUUCCUCCCUGUCCCCAAAGCCCCUCCUUGCCCUUUGUAAAUAAAAGGACCCAGGCUCUCGGGCAACUAGGCAAGCCCUUACAGCCCUCCCCACUGCAGGCACAUUUUAGAGGUGGAAAUAAAGAUAACCGUAUAUACAGUGUGGAAUCCAAGUGGUAAAUAAUAAAACUUGAGUUUGAAAUUGAUGAUAAUGCCUCCACAGCAUCUGCAGGUAUAUUCAAAGAAAAAAACAAUCUCCCUCCUAAAAAAAAGUCUCUAUAAUUGGAGGAUCCAGCGAGGUAGGAUACUUCAUUGGUUAGUGGCAGUCCUUUGCAAACAGGGAUUUACACACUUUUAGUCAACAUCCACCCCUCCAUUUUUAUCAAGGAAGAAAUGUUUCAGAUGGUUUUUUGGCCUGUGGAUGUGUUUGACCACACACGUACGUAGUUUUCCUUUGCCUUUUGAAUCAUUUAUGGGCUCUCAGAUGGAGCUGGGCCCCAUAAUUUUGUUACCAAAAUAUUUUGUCUCAAUGGAAACAAACUAUAUUCAGUUGAAUUCCAUCAUGUUCUCACAUACUCUUUGGCACCUACACCAGCCCAGCAUAGGUACUAAAGAUACAAAAAUCAAUAAAAUAUAAUCCCCGAUUCUAAGAAACUCACAAUGUAGCGAAGGAAAAGGACUCACAGAUACUAACCUUAAAACAAUAUGGCACAUGCUAGACAGGACAUGCCAGCCACGCCCUGUGACAGCGCAGAGCAGGGGUUCCUGCUCUGGGGUUCUACCCGGGAGGCCGGGAAGGCUCGUCAAGAGCAAGAAGGCAGCCGCACAGGGGCUGACAGGUGACCAGGGUCUGAGUC